AUGUUAGCUCACAUGCAGGCGAGCGCCACAUCCUGCGGUAUUGACACUGUGGCGUUCCUCGUGCUGAAGCAGCUGAUUGGCACCCUGACUCACCCCGUGGUCCAGAUGAGCCGGUCCACUCCAUCACUGACAUGGUAUGAUUUUUGCUGUGCGUGUUUUUUUUGUUUGUUUGUUUUUUUUUUAAUAGGACCCUUCCACACCAGUACUAGUAAUGUUUCAGCUCGCUAUGAGACGGACAUCACUCCCGCUCGAUGGACCUUCUCCAUUUGGAUGGUCAUCUACACCUGGCUCUCCCUGAUGGUUAUAUACCUCACUGCGUACACAUGCCGAGGGUCCUGGUCUCAGUGUUUGCUGCCUUACGCCUUCUACUUCAGCUGGCUCGCCAACAUGGUGCUGAACAUGAUGUGGCUUCUGCUGUUUGACCGAGAGCUGAUGCUGACGGCUCUGGUGGUGUUGGUGCUGAUUGUGGUUUCCAGCUACAGUGCGCUCUUCUUCUGUUGCUUUGCUGCAGAUCACUAUGGACUGUGGUUGAAGAGGUACCAUCCCAAAGACCUGACCUGUGUCAGGAUACUGAUCCAGAAUGGUUUGGCUCUCUACGCCACGUGGACAUCAAUCGCGUCCCUGAUAAACUUCUCACUGGUUCUCCACCUGUGGGGUGUGGACAAGAGCACUGCAGCCACCACGUCUCUGUGCAUCCUGUUUGCAGAGCUAGUGGGAUGGUUCAUCCUGGAGAACUGGGUGUUGGACCGCUGGGUGCGGAACAUCCUGACGAUCUACCCCGUGGUGAUCGUGGCUCUGGUUGGAAACGUGCUGAAGCAUUUUCACCCACAUGACCCAAGUCCAAAUUCUGUCUUCAUGGUGGUGCUGCUGGUGUUAACGUGCAUCAUCCUGGUGCUGCGAGUGUGCACGGUUAUCUGGAAAAACCGAAGGCAGCCUCUCCACUCCAUCUUUGCACGUCAGCUGAUCUCCUCGCCCCUUGAUGGCAGCAAAAUCAGGAUCUUCACUUAAAUCCUGACUCUGCUUCAGCCUGGUCAGCACAGCACUUAGCGACGACCUACAGGCUGCUUUUUUCCUCGUCUUCUCUUCACCUUCCUUUCCUCAUUAGACGUCUUGGCUUGUAUUACCCCCGGCACCGUCUUGUCACAUACAGAUGUUUGUUCGGGCACACGACCAGCUGAAGGUGGAUCGUGGACGGUAAUCUACCCUAACCUGCCUGUACCAGGGUUUUCCUGAGUAGAUCUAGUGUAUUUCACCUUUGUCAAGAUAUUGCAUAUACAAGAUUGCACAUACUUUGCCCUCUUGUGGCCACAAUUCAAAUCUAAACACUCAACACGUGGACUUGGUCUGAGGUCUCAGUGAAUUGACCAUGUGUAUCAAGUUUAUCUUGAUAGCUGAAGACUUUGUUGGGAGCACGUCGACCACACAGACGCAGCUCCUGGACCUGCUGGACUUUCCAGGACUGUUGCACCGCCUCUGACGUUACGUGCACGCUGUCACAACAAGACACAUAACUGUGGAAUCACUUCCUGAUCAUAAAGUAAGGUUAGGGUAAGUUUUAAGCAAACUCACUGAAAAAUAAACAGUGGCAGAGCACACACAUGAAAUCAGAAGCAGGGGUUUUUUAUUUUUUAAAUUAAGGAUGUAUUUUAAUUCAUUAUAAAUUUUAAAAUGACAUACCAGUACAGACACAUUAAGCCCCACCCCUGCAUGUGGGCGGGGCAUAUAGUCUUAUUUAUUUGAGGCAUUAUUAAUUUACUGUUCUCAUUUAAGUGCGUCAUUUUACACGCGGACACCUUAUCAAACAUGAUGUAGACAAUUUUCUGGAGUUCUGAGUCUCUCACUGAAUCUGGCGUGGUGCACAUGUGCCAGGCCAUCGUACUAAAGGUACAAGACAUUUCUUAAGUAGACAGAAACGUUGCUUGAGGACCAUUGUGUGUCCAGGAUGGAUUUGAUCACAUACGUUCUGUGUGCUGCUCUCACCAAGUGCCUCACAAAAUGAAGAAAAAACAAAUCUGUAAAAUCUGCAGUGAAAAUCUGAUUAAAGAUUUUGUAAAACCGUGUAAAGGUGUAAUAAAUGUUUCAGGUGUCGGUAACCUGACAGGUCCGUGGGUUUGAUCCCUGUCCCGCUGAGUGUCUGUGGCCCGUACAGCACAUAGAACAGAAUAAGCAAACAUUCAGCUUUGCAUCACAAAGCACUGACUUUUAUUCCAGUUUACUCAUGUAUUCUUACUGAGAAUGAACUGUUUUUUUUUUUUUCCUCACUUCACUCCAAGCUGAACGUUUUGUGUCUGCAGCCAAAAUGCAAAAAUGUUUUUUUUUUUCUGAACUCUGAAAUAUUUUCUCUGUAACACUGAAAUAAUCUACAGCAACUCUUAUGUCUGUUGUAAUAAAGUUUAUUGCAUAAAAUAAGCACUUGUAAAGAUGUUAAAGUAACAGUUUGAGGUGAUGUAAGAACGGCACGAGAUAUGACGACUGUUUCCGAUCAAAUUUAAGUGUUUGUAGAAUCAGGUUUGUUCAGUAAUUUCUGCUGUUUCUCUGUCGCAGUGCGCUCGCUCAGAAUCGAAAUAAACCACUUUGAUUA